AUGUACGAGCCUAUGGACCUAAUGCGGUCACCGCAAUCUUUUAUGGCGACAUUGGACGGCGAGCUGUCUACGCCAUGCGUCAAUAUCGCAACAGCAGUGGACGCGUCGGUUCUCAGCACCCAACAGAGAUCCAUGAUUAUUGUUGAUGCGUCGUGUGGAGGAGUCACACUGAUGACAAGGCGGCGUCAUGUGGCAAUAGUGCAGUUGAAGUGCCCAGCUUGGCAAUCACAUGAUAAAUGGGUCCAUUCACUUCAAGUAGUGCCCUCGCUACAAAACGCAGAGCGACCUAUCAAGCGUCAUCGGCUGAACAUGUCGCCCACCAUCACACCAACUGCAGUCGCAUCCUCGUUGCCUGCACCAAUGAAACAGCACACUGCCAAGACUCACGCCGCCGAUGGCUCCAGGUAUUCAGAUCCCGGCAGUGUCGAUAGCCGUCCAACCUCGAUGGCUCUACCAACCCGCCCUGACCAGGAAGACGAAAAGUUGCCGGCCGCAGAGCGUGUCUUUGGGAUCUUCGAAUUGCUCCAGCAUAUUCUGUCCUAUCUUAUGUGCAUGUCUUCUCCGAGGGCUGAUGCGUGA